AUGGGCGACAUUCAGGCAGAGAAGCCUGCUUCUGCAAAGGCGGCAACUGCUUUGGCCCAGCCCCCAAUGAAGGAGCAGGAUAUAAGUAAGGUUGCCGACCUUAUCCGGACUCUCGAGGAAGCGGCAAAAUUGAAGCAGAAGUCUGGGUUCAGUGUCAAGCGGACUCGGUUCAAUGUGGCGGACUCGCCAGACGGUCACUACGUCGAUGCCUGGAAGUUCAACGACUGGGAUUACAAACGGCCGGACCUGCCCACAUAUGCUCGUGGAUUCUUCACAACGCGGGAUGCGAAUGGAAAGCCAGUGAUCGCCGUUCGUGGAUACGACAAGUUCUUCAACGUCAACGAGGUCAAAGAGACGCAGUGGGAGUACAUCGAGAAGUGCACACAGGGGCCGUAUGAGCUCACGCUGAAGGAAAACGGCUGCAUCAUCUUUGUGGCCGGUCUCGAGGACGGGACACUGCUUGUGUGCAGCAAGCACUCGACGGGCGACCGUGCCGAUGUGACGUUAAGCCACUCCAGUGCGGGUGAGGCCCGUCUUGCAGCACAGCUGCAUCGACUGGGCAAGUCGAAGGAAGACUUGGCUCGCGAGCUUCGUUCGCGCAACAUCACGGCCGUGGCCGAGCUCUGCGACGACAGCUUCGAGGAGCACAUUCUCGCCUACGGCCCCGACAAAGCAGGUCUGUACCUCCACGGCAUCAACCUCAAUCUGCCGGAGUUUAUGACAUACCCGAGCACUCUGGUGCAAAACUUUGCGGAGCAGUGGGGCUUUCGGAAGACGGAGCUCAUUGUGAUGGAGGAGAUUUCCAAAGUGCGGACAUUCCUGGAGCAGGUGGCAGAGUCUGGAGCACACGACGGCCGGGAUGUCGAGGGGUUUGUGAUCCGCUGCAAGAUGUCGCCGAAGCCAACAUCGGUCCCGUUCGCAGACUGGUUCUUCAAGUACAAGUUUGAGGAGCCGUAUCUCAUGUACCGACAGUGGCGCGAGUGCACCAAAGCUCUCAUCUCGGGGCGUGCUCCUCAGGUCAAGAAGCACCAGGCGAUCACAAAGGAGUACCUGCUGUAUGCGCGAAAACGGAUCGCGGCGAACCCAAAUCUAGGCAAGCUAUACACGCAGAACCACGGGAUUAUCCAGCUGCGCAAUGACUUUUUGGCGUUCAAAAACCUCAACGGUGCAGACGCAGCUGGGUUUGAGGCUCUGCAAGGCGGCGAAGAAGGAAUCUCCGAGGUAGACAAGGACGUCAUCCUGGUGCCCAUCGCAACGAUUGGGUGCGGCAAGACGACGAUUGCGCUGGGGCUCAGCCACCUGCUGGGCUACGGCCACGUGCAGAACGACAACAUCACCGGGCCAAAGCGGCCUCCGCGGUUUACGCGGAUGCUCCUGGACGAGCUGAAGACGGCACCGGCGGUGGUGGCUGACCGGAACAACGCGCAGCGGCAUGAGCGGAAGCAGCUGAUCUCGGACGUCAAGAUGCAGCACGUCGGAGCGCGGCUGGUGGCGCUCAACUUUGUGCACGACAAUAUCAAGGAGGUCCGACGAGUGACGCAACAGCGAGUAUUUGCACGUGGCGACAACCACCAGACGAUCCAGGCGGCUUCGGAUCCGGGCAAGGUGGUGGGCAUCAUGAACGGAUUCGUUGAGCGCUUCCAGCCGUGCGACCUAUCCCGGCCGCCAGACGACGGAUUUGAUGCGGUGAUCGACCUGGACCCAACGUCGAGCAGCCGCGAGAACCUGGAGGUGGUGGUGCGGGAGCUGCACCGUAUCUACCCGAAGCUGGUUAGCGAGGUGCCGAGCUCGGAGGAGCUCGACGAGGCGAUCUCGGCGGCGAUCCAGGGGUACCGGCCGGAGCUGCGACACACGAUCCCAGAUCGCGGACGAAGCAAGGCAGCACAGAACAAGCAGGAGCAGGGCAAGAAGGUGGCAGCCAAGAAGAAACCGCUAGAGUACGUGGCAGUGCAGGUGGAAGCCAAGGAGAUCAACAGGUACCUGGAGCAGACGUUCAAAGACGUGCCAGAGGAGCAGUCGGGAUUCUACCAGCAGCUGCGACAGAUGCAGCGAGUGCAGGCGGAGUUCCACGUGACGCUGAUGCACCGAGCGAGCGCCAAGGAGCGGCCGGAGCUGUGGGAGCGGUACACCAAGCUGCAGGACGAGGCGGAAGCAGCGGCAGCAGCACCAGGGCAGGGACCGGAUUUAGGGAAGGUGGACGUGCAGCUGGAGCGAGUUGUGUUUGAUGGGCGGCUGAUGGCGCUGGUGGUGCGGCUGGUGUCUUCGGACGCAAAGGGCGCAGAGGUGUGGACGUGUGUCAACCGGGUGUCUCACAUCACGGUGGGGACGCGCGAUGCGUCGGUGAAGCCCAAAGAGAGCAACGACUUGCUGGCCCGAUGGCUGGACGAGGGCAGCACGAAGGAGAGCAAGAUUGUGGACAUUGGCAUCGAGGGACGGCCGUUGUUGUCGGGUGUUGUUCGGGGGGUGAUGUCGCGAUGA